UACACGCAAGUCGAACUUGUUUUGUUUCAGGCGUCAUUGAGCAACUUUCAUAGGAAUGAACGUGGCGCCGCCUCCGACGCUGUAAAUCGUUCUGAUUAUGCAUUCGCGAUCUCAUAUAAUACAAGUUUGAUAAAGGCAAUUCAAUCUUGUCAGCGGGAGCGGAGUUACAAAGUUUGGUCUGCACACCUAAAAUAAGUGCGGUAUAGCUUGUAGUAUUUGUUCGACAGGCUCGAUGGCUCAAUAUACUCGUGUUUCGGGGGUUGUUGGCUUAAUUACUCUCCAGAAUCCGCCUGUCAACGCACUCAGUGCAGCGGUGAGGCAGGGCAUUGUUGACAAGGUGGAGACAGCACUCAGUGACCCAAAGGUGAAGUCUGUGGUCAUCUGUGGCCAGAAUGGAAACUUCUGUGGAGGAGCGGACAUCAAGGAGUUUGUGACAAAAAUGUUCGGACCUCCACUGAUACCGAUGAUCCACUCCAUCGAGACUGCGAACAAGCCGGUAGUGGCAGCCAUCGAGGGGAGCGCUUUAGGCGGAGGCCUUGAGCUGGCACUCGGGUGUCAUUAUCGAAUCGCGCACUCUAAAGCCAGACUGGGUCUUCCAGAGGUGACUCUGGGUCUGCUGCCAGCUGCAGGAGGAUCCCAGCGGCUGCCAAGGCUCAUCGGGGUCCCAGCGGCCUUAAACCUCAUCACCACAGGCCGCCAUGUGACUGCCGCUGAGGCGCUGCAACUUGGCAUCGUGGAUCAGGUUACUGAUCACAACACUGUUGACGUGGCUGUGAAGUUUGCCCUGAGUGUUGCAGGUCAGUCACUGGAUGCCCGUCGUAUAAGUACUUAUCCGUGUCCACGCCCGUCUGAUUUGGAUGCUCUGUUUGAGGAGGUGAUGCAGAAGGUGCGUCAGAGUGCCCGUGGAGCUAUAGCGCCAGUUGCAUGUGUCCAGGCGGUGCAGGCGGCUGCCACCCUGCCGUACAGUCAGGGCAUGGAGCGGGAGAAAGAGCUGAUGGCCACUCUCUUCACCUCAGGCCAGGCCCGUGCCCUGCAGUACAUUUUCUUUGCUCAGAGAGCCGUUGGCAGGUGGAGGAUGCCCAGUGGAGCCAGCUGGGACACAAGCAAGCCCAGGCCCGUAACUAAAGCAGCUGUCAUUGGUCUCGGCACCAUGGGGAGAGGCAUAGCAGUGGCCCUGGCUCAGACAGGGUUGUCUGUGGUUGCCGUUGAGACCCAGGAGAAGCAGUUGAUGGAGGCAAAGCAGGCGGUGUCUGGCAUGUUGGAGCGAGGAGCUAAGAGACGUGGGGGGGUUCCAGCGCUUGGUUUGAUCAGUUAUAGCCAGAGCAUCCAGGCUGCAGCCGACGUCGACCUGGUCAUCGAGGCUGUGUUUGAGGACAUGGCCCUGAAGAUAGAAGUAUUCAAGCAGCUGACUGCUGUUUGCAAGCCAGGAACUCUCCUGUGCACCAACACUUCUGGACUAGAUGUGGACCAGCUGGCCUCUGAAACCCCUAACCCGGAGCUGGUGGUCGGAAUGCACUUCUUUGCCCCAGCCCAUGUCAUGAAGCUGCUGGAGGUGGUGUAUGGGCCACGGUCCUCUCCCCAAGCUGUGGCCACUGCCAUGCAACUGGGAAAGAAAAUGGGCAAAGCCAGUGUAGCAGUUGGCAACUGCAGCGGCUUUGUGGGGAACCGCAUGCUGAAGCUAUACGUCGAACAAGCGUCCUUCCUGUUGGAGGAGGGAGCUACACCUGAGUUGGUAGAUCGAGCGCUGGAGGAGUUUGGUUUUCCCAUGGGUGUGUUCAGAAUGUCCGACCUCUCUGGGCUCGACGUGGGCUGGAGAAUCAGGAAGGCAGCCGGGCUAGCGGAGCCUGGAGAGGCAUCCAGGCCAUCAGCUAGAAUCCGAAAAGGCUACAGGUACAGCCCCAUUGGAGACCUGGUCUGUGAGCAGGGACGGUUUGGCCAAAAAACAGGCCGGGGAUGGUACCACUAUGAGAAACCCGGCAGUCGGGUGGCCAGGUCCGACCCCUGGAUGCACAGCUUUCUGGAGCAGUACCGAGCCCGCCACGGCCUGGUGGCACGCAGCAUAGACCACCAGGAGGUGCUGGAGCGCUGCCUCUAUUCCCUGAUCAACGAGGGCUUCCGCAUCCUGGAGGACAGAAUAGCUGCAGGACCCGAAGACAUCGAUGUCAUCUAUGUGUUUGGCUACGGCUGGCCCAGGCACCGGGGAGGUCCCAUGUUCUACGCCAGCAUGGUGGGGCUGGCAAAGGUCCUGGAGAGGCUGGAGCACUACCACCAGGCUCACCCUGAUGUGCCCUACCUGCAGCCCUGCAGCCUCCUCAGGAGGCUGGUGGCCAGUGGCAGCCCACCUGUCCACAUGUGGAGGGAAGUCAUCAAGAAACUCCAUAGCCAGCUUUGAAUCUCAAACAUGUCAGCUUUAAUCUUUAUUCACUUUAAUGUGGGCCUUAUACUGUGAUGAUGAGCGGUUAAUGAACUGCACUUAUGUUGUGCUUUAUAAUAAUGUAAAUCUUUUUCUAUAAUGUGAUUAUGGAUAAAAUUGUCUCUUCUGCCUUAUCCGUUUCUUUUUGUAUCCUCCUGUAUGUAAAGGGUGGGUGCUUGAAAUAAUAGACACACCUUACAAUAUACUUCAACAUGACAAGCUUUACAAUGAUUGGAUGUGUUGCAUUAUAUCGGAGUGAAUUAGAAUGAUAAUCUCUAAAUCUACUGCCCGAUGCCUCGAUAAACACAUGUUAUAGAUUUAUGUAUUUUUUGUGUGAUUUAUACAGUUCUAUUUGUGUGAAUCUGGUACACAUGUUGGCUUGUUAUUCAGGUGCAUGUGUGUGCCAUUUCAUUUGAUCCGUUUCAUCAGUCAAACAAUCUGUUGUGGAGCAGAAUAAAUUAAAACUUCUGCUGUGUGUGGUGUGCGUGUCUCGGGUUUCUGUUUUUUUUUCCUACUGACUCAGCUGGAGUGGUGACGGAGGAGAGCUGAGGGAGACACUCAAAAGCUAAACUGCUUUUAUAUAAAUUAUUGGCUCACUCCCAAAGAAGUGUCACACCUCAGCAAUGAGUAGAUGUUGAGGUUGCCAUCUAGC